GGAGGCCUGUAAGCCUUUGAGGGCGGAACGCGGAACUCUCGAGUUCUUUUUUCUCGCAUCGCUCACCGGUGACAGAGGGGAAAGGAACUGCCUGGGAUAAUUUUCCCGAUUAUAUUCCGGAAAACUUGUUUUUCGCUUUUCCGUUGUGUACCACCGGGAGACGAGGACAUGAGAGGACACGACAGCUUCGAAAACGAGGGCCUCUCGUUGGGUGAAAUCAUAAACCAGCAGAAGCUCGAUAAAUCCCAUAACCAGAAACACAUGAAUGGGGGGAGAUCGUUUAGACAGCAGAAAAAUUACUAUUCUAACUCAAAUUACAGCUACUCGAACCAUCCGUACUCUCGGUUUCCAAGGAAUAACAAUUAUGAUAGCUGCGAGGGCAAUUAUUGCUACAGGGGCUGUCACAAUUGCCUGAACUACCAACAUAAUUACAGCUGUCAGCAUAACCACAUGUGUAAUACAAAUUUGUGUGGAGGGCAUUUCCAAAAUGCAAAGAAAAUGUUGAAUUCAGGAAGCAAUUUCUAUUAUAACACAGGGAACAGAGGGCUUAGCAACUAUUGGAACUUUGUCACCCAGGGUGGAAAUCUAAAGAGGGCGCAAUCGUGUGAAAGUAUAGCUACAAACAGAUCGUUCAUGUCGGGAAGGAGCAUGAGGUCGAACGCUUCGGUCAGGUCAAACUGGAGCCAAGGCUCUAAGCGGUUAUCAUUUUCGGGGCAUUCAUUCCACUCGAACAACAGCCGUAGGAGGAGAUACUAUUUCUGGAAGAACAAGCGGUGUCCCCUUAACAAAACGAUUCAUGAACAAAUCAAAAUCGUUCAGGAAAAGUUUGCCAAAAUGUCAGAGGCAUCACCUUUGCUCAGGUUGAACUGCGACCCGCCCAACUGCAAGCCUAUUUCAUUUGCGACUUCGAUUACGAUGAACAAACGUUUCGAGGAGUACUACAAUAAAAUUGAUAAAGAGUAGCUUUAUUUUAUCAUGUGUUUAAUUAAAUUAAUUAAAUAGUUCAAUUUUCUAUAUAAUUUAGUUACUGAAAGUUAAAAUUCAAUUAUUACUUUAAUCAAUAAUUAAAUAAUGUGAUUUUAUCGAAUAUUUUAUUAUAAAAACAAAUAAAUUCUCAUUUAUUUCAAUUCUGUAUACAAUAUUACUUCAUUAAAUUGUACACGAGUCUAUAUUUUUCCCAUCGGGCAAAUAUGUAAUUCAAUAUUCUUAGUUUCAUGUAAAAAUAUAGUUUUUUUAUUUGUUUA